CAGAAGUACCAGUGUGGCAACUAUCUGAGAGUACGGGAAGAUCUAUCAUGCGUUCAAGCACGACAAGCAACACUCGAAGCUUAUGGUACUACACAACAACCAACAUUUAACACCCAGGAUGGCAUGCGAGCGUUGGGCGCUCGUUCUUUGCAGAGAGAACGAUUUUUAGCAGCUCAAAGAUAUGCCCUGAAUAACAAAGGGAAAAGGAAUGAAGAGAUACAAAAUUUUGCUCGUGUAAAUAACUUUAAUAUUAAUAUAUGCACUCUUUACUGCAGAGAAAAGGGAUACCAUGUUGAUAUGAAUCCCUAA